GCUAUCAUCACUGGGCCCCCUGGAUUGGCCCACACACCCGGAGGUCAAAUUCUGUGUUGAACACAGAAUUUGAAAAAUUGCAAAGCCCCAAAGCAGAUGGAGAUGAUAACUUUAAUGAUGACGAAAAAAUGAAUGAGGAGCGGCUCACAGAUGAGCUUGUGAACUUGAAGGUACAGGAGGUCAGGGCACUGUGCAAACAGUGUGGUGUUGAUGAUAAGGGGUCCAAGAUAGACAUGGUUAUGAGACUGUCUGACAAAAUGUCUAAUAGAGUCACCUACAACAAGGUGUUUGAGAAAGUGUGGGGUGCUUCUGGUGGCUGGGCAGUUAUCACUUGCCCAUGUGGGGUUGUGUUUUCAGUAAAAUUCAACCUUAGAGCAGAGAGUCCACGUGACUUUGUGGAUCUCUUGCUGUCCUGGAAACACCUCCCCAAUGUGGCUGUGUAUGAUUAUGCCAGGGGUCUGGCACUGCAUGCCAACCGCAGGCAGCCAGGAAUAUUUGCCCCUUUUCAGGGAAGGUUACUGGAUCCCACCCCAGAGAACGUGAAGCAGGCCUCAGAGGGAAAGGUCCAUGUCAACUUGCCUUGGCUGAAAUUUCAAAAAAAGCCAGCUGACAAAGAUGGUCACCCUCUCACUGGAUCCUCACAGCAUUUUGCUUUGAACGAUGUGUUCCACCAGGGGAACAGCAAAGACCAGUGUGAGGUUCUAAGAAAGCUGGAGCUUGUGCCUGAACUUGCUGGUCUUAUUAACAGCCAGUGUGCGGAGCAGCUGUUUUCAGGGAUGAGAAAAAACAACUACUUUUUAAAUCAGACAACCCCAUCAACACACAUUUUUCUACAAAGAAACAUUCUCCACCAUGACAACAUGGCAAGGAACCAAAAAAUCAAAAAUCAGUGCAGCAAGAUUGUUCCUCCAGAUGUUUCAUUGCAGUUUGACAGCUAUGGAAGGGUUGUCUUAGCUCACUCCCCAUCAGCUGCGAUGUCAAUUGGGUCAUAUGGGAACGAACAAGAAGACUCUCAAGAGUAUGAGUCAGAAGUUGAAAUGCAGUGUGACAGCCAUGGAAUGGUAGUCUUAGCUCACUCCCAAUCAACCGUGAUGUCAACUGGGUCAUCAGGGAAAGAACAAGAGGAGUCUCAAGAGUUAAAUGAUGACAGUGAGCAGAGACCUCAUGGAGACUUCCCUAGUCUCCACAAGUUUUCAGCCCACAGAGCAUGCUGGGGACAGAAACUCCAAGACAGCCAAGAACAACUGCUGUCUCAUGUCUUGGAUGAGACCAAAAGUCACACUCAGCACCUUGCAAUGGUGAAUAACAUCAUCCUGACCCGCUUUGACUUUUGGACUCUGGGUUUGCAGCGGGACAUGGAGGGAACGAUCCUGAACUCUUGUCUCAAAAUGAUUGAGAAGAGAGUAGAGAACCUGUUUGCUGCAGACAGCUAUGUCAUUUCCACUUGGUUCCCACCAUCAUCGAGGAACGCCAUGGAUCACCUUCCGGAUAAUGCAGCCAGUCUACAGUGGAUUAAUCUCCCAGUGUCCGUACCUGGACAUUGGACACUGUACACGUUGCUCACAGCCUCUCUUCUGGCCCCUGGAGAGAGCUUGGUGUGAAUGAUGUCCAGGGCCUAACAAAGCAAGGGUGCUCCAACAACUGUGGCGUGUUUGUUUUGAUGGUAAGACCUAAUCAGUAUGUUAUAGCAUUGCUAUUG